AUGGUGACUGGCGUUUUGGCGGAAAUUCAGCAUGAUGAACUGGUGAAGAAGAUGCAGCAGCAAAAAUUUUCAUUGAUGAUUGAUGAAUCGAUGGACCUGAGCACAUCGAAGACCCCGGCCAUAGUUGUUAGGCUGUUGGAUGACGACGGAAAGAACAAUGACAUUAUCGAGGAAUUUCAAAAGGAUGGCAUUGAUUACAAGAAGCGAUUGAAAGGGUUUGCAUCAGACGGUGCAUCCGUUAUGAUGGGCAACGAUGAUUCCGUGAUGAGGCUUCUGAAGAAAGAUUGCCCAGGUUUAAUAGUGGUUAAAUGUACAUGCCACUCUUUGGCGUUAUGUACGAGCCAUGCUUGCCAGAAAAUGCCUCCGUAUGUGGAACAGUUGCUACGAGACAUCUACAGCUAUUUAUCCCAUAGCCCUAAGCGCUCUUCUGAGUUCAAAGCUAUUCAAGAAAUUGUUGAAUUGAAGCCAUUGCGUAUGCUUUACCCCUCUGAGACCCGAUGGCUCUCUCUAGAAGCAGUGCGUAUAUUUUCGCAACAUAAUGCGAACAAAACAAAAGUUCGAAACCGUCUCGCUACAAAAACUUUGAACGCAAUUAUCAAAUCGAAAUCAUUUAUCAAAAUCCAAGGGGGAAGUGCCACAGUACAGUUGUCAAACGACAUCAAGGCUAAAUUUUGCAAGACCAUGUAUAAACACAACUAG